AUGGCUUCCAUGGACAUCGACAAGCCCCUCGACGAGAUGAUCGCCGCUAAGCCUCGUGGCCGUCGUGGUGGCCGUGGCCGUGGUGCUUCCUCGGCCUCUGCCCCCUCCCGCGACGCGGCUCCGCGUGGUGCGGCUGGCGCGCGUGCGCGCUACUCUGGUUCCGCCCCGCGCAACGUGUCGCAGACCCAGCGCGCUGCUGUUGUGCCCGCUGCUAACAAACCCGUGACCGCGGACGCUACCAAGAUCAUCAUCUCCAACCUUCCCACAGACGUGACCGAGGCACAGGUUCGCGACCUUAUGCAGUCGACCGUUGGGCCUGUUCGCGCCCUCCACAUGGCUUACACCGCGAGCGGAAAGAGCUCUGGCAGCGCGACUGUCAUCUUCAAGAACCGCGGUGACGCCAACAAGGCUCACACGACGUACCACAACCGGAUGAUCGACAACCAGCGCCCCAUGAAGGUCGAGAUCGCCAUCGACCCCAACGCUGUUGCGUCGUCGCUCGCCGCGCGCGUCGCCACACCUCGGGCUGCUAAGCCCGAUUCCAAGUCGUCGGCACCCCGCGGCCGCCGCGCUCCCCCUCCCUCCCGCCCUCGCGCGGCCCGUCCCGCCAAGAAGUCGGCCGAGGACCUCGAUGCCGAGAUGGAGGCGUACAAGACGACGACUGCUUAG